CGGAGCCCCGGCGUUCUGGCAGAGCCGGAGCCUGACGGCAGAGCCCGGCAGGAUUGGCACUUACCCACGACCCCCCUUCCCCGCUAUGAUGGCCGGUCAGUAGCAGGUUCCAGACCCCCCGGGGGUAUGUAGGCAGAGCUGGCGGCAGCCAGGUGUGCUGAGCCACAAGCGCUCUAGGGCACUCUGGGGGCAGCUCUGCCUGCUGCGCUCUCUGGUGCAGGGGGAGAUGCCCAACUGACGAGCGAGCUGGUGAGGACAAGAACGUUCCCUUUUGGCCCGAGUCCGCUGCAUCCAUGGCGCUGCCGGCCAGUCUGGUGCCCCUGUGCUGCUUGGCACUUCUGGCGCUGCCGGCCCAGAGCUGCGGGCCGGGCCGGGGGCCGGUUGGCCGGCGCCGCUACGUGCGCAAGCAACUCGUGCCGCUGCUCUACAAGCAAUUUGUGCCCAGCGUGCCCGAGCGGACCCUGGGCGCCAGUGGGCCGGCCGAGGGGAGGGUGACAAGAGGCUCCGAGCGCUUCCGGGACCUGGUGCCUAACUACAACCCCGACAUCAUCUUCAAGGACGAGGAGAACAGCGGUGCAGACCGCUUGAUGACCGAGCGUUGUAAAGAGCGGGUGAACGCGCUGGCUAUUGCGGUGAUGAACAUGUGGCCCGGAGUGCGCCUACGGGUGACCGAGGGCUGGGACGAGGACGGCCACCACGCUCAGGACUCACUUCACUACGAAGGACGUGCCCUGGAUAUCACCACGUCCGACCGCGACCGCAAUAAGUAUGGGUUGCUGGCGCGCCUGGCAGUGGAAGCCGGCUUCGACUGGGUCUAUUACGAGUCCCGCAACCACGUCCACGUGUCUGUCAAAGCCGAUAACUCACUGGCGGUCAGGGCAGGCGGCUGCUUUCCGGGAAAUGCCACCGUGCGCCUGCGGAGCGGCGAGCGGAAGGGGCUGCGGGAACUGCACCGCGGCGACUGGGUGCUGGCGGCAGACGCGGCAGGCCGGGUGGUGCCCACGCCCGUGCUGCUCUUCCUGGACCGGGACUUGCAGCGCCGGGCCUCUUUCGUGGCUGUGGAGACCGAGCGGCCCCCGCGCAAGCUGUUGCUCACUCCCUGGCACCUGGUGUUCGCCGCUCGAGGGCCUGCGCCCGAGCCAGGCGACUUUGCACCGGUGUUCGCGCGCCGGCUGCGCGCGGGGGACUCGGUGCUGGCGCCAGGCGGGGACGCCCUUCGGCCUGCGCGCGUGGCCCGAGUGGCGCGGGAGGAAGCUGUUGGCGUGUUCGCACCGCUCACAGCGCACGGGACGCUGCUGGUCAACGAUGUCCUGGCCUCGUGCUACGCGGUUCUGGAGAGUCACCAGUGGGCGCACCGCGCCUUUGCUCCUCUGCGCCUGCUGCACGCGCUGGGGGCGCUGCUUCCGGGCGGGGCCGUCCAGCCAACUGGCAUGCAUUGGUACUCUCGGUUCCUCUAUCGCUUGGCGGAGGAGCUGCUGGACUGAGCGCUCCAGGCGUAGAAACCUCGUGGCAUCCGCCUAAACGGGAGUGUGCGGGCUGAGAUCUGGAGAUGUGGGCAGCAGACGAUGCUGACUGGGAGGGAGGGAGGGAUAGGGAGAAAAAUGGACGCGAUGGUUUAGGGGCAACCUCUAACUGAGAGGUUGGGUCCUAAGUAGAUGGGGUUGAUGAUGGGUACUCGUCGACGAGGACUAUUUCUCCUCUUCUUCCCCAGUGCCUCAGCCCCACCCGAUUAUUUUAUUUUAUUUUCUAUUUAUAAAUUGUAAUAUAAUAAUCUGCUUGCCCCGCCUGGCGAGAUGAGGGGCUGGGGCACAGCGUUAACAGUUAAUCUGACAUGGGAGCCAAUCUGACAUCUGACAUUUUCCUACAAGUGGGCUAAUAAAGGGAAGGCUUCCAGGAGCUGAUUGG